GAUGGAGUCAUCUAUGAAACCCCUCAGCUUAGACUUUAAUCAAUAUUAUAAGUCAUUUAAACUCUUCUUGGAACGCUCCACUGAACAUGAGUGCAUGCAAAAGUUCAUUGACGAGAACCUUCCAGAUGUAAUAGCCAGCAGCUCAGUGAGUAUGUGGUCUGACCACCCAUGCCAGGCUCCAGUUCAAAAGCAGUCCCACUCUGCUCCAAGCCUCCAGUCUGCUCUGCCAGACACUUAGCUGCACCAAGCAUUGGGAAAAAAGGAGGCUCCAGUCUUAAUGUCCUGGGAGUGGGAAGUGGUUCAGGUAAAAUCGACCUUGAAAUACUUGGCAAAAUUCAGUCCAAGCAUCCAGGCUUUUUCAUUCAUAAUGAGGUAGUGGAGCCUAAUCCUCAACACAUUUCUAAAUAUAAAGCACUUGUGAAAGAAUGGAAUUCAGGUCCAAAUAUUUCCUUCACCUGGAACCAGAUGACCUCAGGAGAAUAUGAAAAGCAAAACAAGAAAAGGAAUGAAAGUAAAAAAUUUGAUUUCAUUCACAUGAUUGAGAUGUUGUAUUAUGUAGAAAGUUUGCACGAUACCAUCAAGUAUUUUCACAGCCUUCUGGAAACUAAUGGCAAACUUCUAAUAGUACAAACUGCAGAUGACGGUGGCUAUCAUUCACUUUGGAGGAAAGCUGGAUCCCGGUUUCUCAGCAGUUGCCUUUUCCUUGAUGUCCACAAAGUCCUUGAUGAAAUGAGAAUGAAGUAUCAUAUCUAUGAGCUUUCUUCUAUCUUUGAUAUCACAGAGUGUUUCAUUGAAGGAAAUGAAAAUGGAGAACUUCUGUUGGAUUUCCUUACGCAUAUAGUAGAUUUCAGGAAAAGCGCUCCGGCAGGUCUGAAGGCUGAAGUUCUUCAAUGCUUACGCCAGCCUCAAUGCUCAAGGGAGGAAAAUGGGAAAAUACUUUUCAAUAAUAAUUUGUAUUUCAUAGUGAUUGAUUAUUAAUUGUAUUUCCAUCAGUCAGUAAUUAUCCAAUUAUCUCCACCUCAAAUAUUCUUAAUAGUUUUGUGUUCUUGCUUCAGAACUGUUUAACAUCAAUUACUUAUGAAGUUAUACCGUUAUCCAUGUGUCAAAUUAAUCCACUAACUGCUUUCAAAAUUACAAAAAAACAUUUUUGAAAGAUUAAAAUUAAAAAUUCCUGGCUUCUAAAGGAUUAACUUCUAGCCAUGUCAUCUCGAUGAAUCUUAAAAAUGACUAUUCAAUAACACAUUUUCAGGUGGUUUGAAGCCAUAAGCUCCUUUUGUAAACUUCACUUUGAUUCAUAUAAGGAAUGAUAACAGGGAUUUUCAUUGCUACAAUGUAUAUUCAUUUGCAUGAUUUCUACUUCUUUAUUAAAUUGAAUUGUAUAAUGCAACUGAUUAUUUACUCAGUAAUAUUUUUGAUGCAAUGAUCAACAACUGAAACGAUCUUUACUGUGAACUAAAGGUUUACACAUUGCUUAAGAUUUAAUAUAAAAUUUAUUUUUUUCUCUUUAUUUGUAUGUUUUUAUCCCACUUGAUAAAUAUUGAUUUUAGUGUCUGAACAUAUCCUUAUAAUGUAUCAGAACUUAUUAAAAUCUGAUAACUUUGAAACAUUUUCACAAAUUUGUUUGAACUAUAAUAUAAGAGCAUAACGUAAGAACGAGGAGCAGGAGUAGACCAUCUGGCCCCUUUAGCCUGCUCUGCCAUUCAAUAUGAUCAUGGCUGAUCUUUUUGUUGACACAGCUCCACUUACCUGCCCACUCACCAAAAUGCUAAAGUCCUUUACUGUUCAAAAAUCUCUCUAUCUUUGCCUAAAACAGUCAUUGGCUUCACUGUUUAACAAUGUUUAAAUAGACAUUACUACAGCCUAUUUAUGUGCUCUUGCUCAAAUUUCAUAGGCCAAAUAAAGGAUAUUUUGCUGGCUGGAAAUAUGACUUUCUACUAUUUAACCCAAAAAACUUUUCCAUAUACAUUUCCAUAAAAUGAUCACAUUAUAAGGUUAUUAAAAGAGCAAUAGAAGAUUUUAAGUAUGUAUUGAUUUUAUUGUCUAGUCAUAUCCACCCAAAAUCAGAAGAUGCUCAAUACUUUCAAAAACUUCGAAGAAUUUUUAAAAUAGAUAAUAAAAGGAUAAUGUGCCUUGUCAAAUUGAUUUUUGUUGUGCACAAAUGACUGAAGUGAUUCAUAUCUGCAAUUUCUCUGUCAGCAAACUAGGCAUUUUGAUUGAAUUAGAUUAUAACAAUUUCCUUUGUAUGUUGUCAUGUUGUCAUGACUAUCAUAACGUUAAAAAAGUGUCCAGCUACAAUCUCCAAAAUAAAAUCCCUUAAUUUAAAAAAUUUAAUGCUGUUAUGCUUUGAACAAAAUUCACGCGUGUAGCUCCAGUACACAGGAUGUCAUAAUUAUAUCCAGCAAUGCAACUUUGAAAUCUCAAAUACACCAUUGUGUGAACUUUGAGACAUCAGCCUUGGUUGUAAUAGCAUAGGAUAAUUAUGUAACAAUUUGACUAUUCAAAACAAAUUCUGAGUUGUUGUACUUCUGUAUAACAUGACCAAAAUGCAAUAUAAAUAAAUGAAUAUGAAUGCCAAA